CUGCAAUUGUCUAUUUGAACCAUACUACACACUUAUUCCGCGGCUUCCCGCUGCCGUAGCGCAUCCUCCUCUAACGAGACAUAUCCGACGAUGGCGCAACAACAAGAUGCCUCCGGGCCACCUGCGACGGACGGCGCCCCGACGCAACCGCCAUCCAAAUCGGAUGCCGCAACACCGAAGUUAAGCAACGACAUGGAACUCGGCAACAUGCCGAACGAGCCAGCCCAGAACGACAUCAUGCAGAUGGCUAGGAUAGGCGACAUUUCGGGCAUGGAGAAGCUGUUCGAGACGGGCGACUACGAUGCGACGUACACGAACGACGAGGGCAUCACCCCGCUACACUGGGCCGCCAUCAACAACCAGUAUGCCAUGUGCAAAUUCCUGAUCGAGCGCGGCGCCCCGAUCAACAAGAAGGGAGGAGAGAGCGUCGCGACGCCGCUGCAAUGGGCGGCCCAGCGCUGCCACUACUACACUGUCCACCUGCUCCUCCAGCACGGCGCCGACCCGCUCAUCACCGACGCCCAGGGCUACAACACGCUGCACAUCAGCACGUUCAACGGCAACCUCCUCCUGAUCAUCCUGCUGCUCCACCAGGGCAUCCCUGUCGACGUCGAGGACAGCUACGGCCACACGAGCCUGAUGUGGGCCGCCUACAAGGGAUAUCCCGCGUGCGUCGACGUCUUUCUGCGCUGGGGGGCCAGUGUGCAUGCGAAGGACGAGCAGGGCUUCACCGCGCUGCACUGGGCGCUCGUCAAGGGCAGCCAUGGGUGCAUCCAGAAACUCAUAGAGUACGGCGCCGACCGGUUUGCCAAGACCACAACGGGCAAGACGCCGUCCAUCACGGCAAGGGAGCUGAACACAGCUGCGGCAUGGCACAAGGCGCUGUAUGAAUGCGGCUAUGACGAGGAGGGGAACGCCAUCGUGCCGAGCUGGCCGGGGGCGAGCUACUUCUCUAAGGACCGGAGGGGGUUCACGACCAAGUUUUUCUUCCUAUGGCCGUUCGUGCUGGUCUGGGCAACCCUCGUCAUCCUGGCCGGCAUGCCUGUAUACGCAGGUAUUCCGUUCGGGCUUCUUGCAGCGUACACAAUACAAUGGGUGGGCAAGCAGGUUUUGGUCUAUGCACCGCCCGAUAUGAGGCAGUUUGAGAGGACGCCUUGGAUGGCCGGCAUCUUCGCUGCCUCCCUAUUUCUGGUUGGGCUCAACUGGCUAUUCACGGUCUUCCCGAAUACGGCUUUUGGAGAUGGUGGGACGUGGUUAUGGAACUUCCUAUUUGCCAUGUUCGUUGGGCUCACAGCUUUCUUUUACGCCCGGUGCAUGGUCGACGAUCCUGGUUUCGUGCCCAAGCUUAAUGGCAUUGCCGAGCAGAAGGCCGUUAUCGAUGAGCUGAUCAGCAUGUGGAAGUACGAUGAGGCGCACUUCUGCGUCACGUGUAUGAUCCGGACGCCGCUCCGGAGUAAACACUGUCGCAGGUGUCAGCGUUGCGUGGCCAAGCAUGACCACCACUGCCCCUGGGUCUACAACUGCAUCGGCGUCAACAACCAUCGCCACUUCUUCAUCUACCUGAUCAGCCUCACCUUCGGCGUCCUGAGCUACGACCUGCUCACGUAUCAAUACUUCUCCACCCUCACGCCCACCGCCUCAGAAGAGUGCAACAUCCUCUCCCCGACACUCUGCCGGAUCAUCAACGCCGACGCCUACAGCCUGCUCCUAGCCAUCUGGGCCUCCCUCCAGCUGACCUGGGUCAGCAUGCUGCUCUUCGUGCAGUUCAUCCAGGUCUCGCGCGCCAUGACCACCUACGAGAACAUGUUUGGCGUCAACCACGCCCGUUCCGCGGCUUCCCUAGCCAGCGCAUUCACCUCCACUGGCGCGCCGCUCGACCCCGGAUCUGUCCCGCCGCCGCCAGCCGGCUCGGAUAUCGGGCCCCAUGCGCCGUCCGACGGGCACCACGGGCAUCGCCAUGGUCGGCACGGCGGGUUCCUAAAACACUGGGGCCGGUUGCUGGGUGUGGAUACCUUCAUUGAGACGGCGCGAGGCAGGGGUGCCGCGGCGGGCGGGAACAGGAGGAGUAACCGGAAUCCGUUCAGCAGGGGGUGUUUGACGAACUGUAGGGACUUUUGGUGUGACCCCGCGCCGGUGUUUGGGAGGCGGGAGACGGGUGCCGCAGUGCUGGGGGGAGCGCCGGUGAAUUACACUGAGAUGUACGAGAGCCCAUCCGUUAUGGAUCUCCUCGGAAGCGGAGGUGGAGGGCGCCGCGCGGGCGGGUAUGAGGCUGUUGCUGGUGAGGAGGUUUGAAAAUGAAUUGGAAUGGAGUCAGGGUAACGGGGUGAUUGUCAGGAGUAAUGAUGAGUCAAUGACGAUAGUGGCAAUGCUGUAUUGUAU